GGAAAUGGCCUCGGAGGCGGUGAAGGUGAUCGUGCGCUGCCGGCCCAUGAACGAGCGCGAGAAGGCCCUCGGCUGCAAGGCGGUCGUAAGCAUGGAGAGCACGCGGGGCCAGUGCUUCCUCCAAAACCCCACCGCUGCCAGGGAGCCCCCGAAGCAGUUCACCUUCGACGGGGUGUACUACCAGGAGCACAACACGGAACAGAUCUACAACGAGAUCGCCUACCCGCUCGUGGAGGGUGUCACCGAAGGCUACAACGGCACCAUAUUUGCCUAUGGCCAGACUGGCAGUGGGAAGUCAUUCACCAUGCAGGGAGUUGUGGAUCCUUCUACACAGAAAGGCAUAAUACCCAGGGCAUUUGAACACAUUUUUGAGAGCGUACAGUGUGCUGAAAACACCAAGUUCUUGGUGAGAGUUUCCUACCUGGAGAUUUACAACGAAGACAUACGAGACCUUCUGGGAGCUGAUACCAAGCAGAAGUUGGAGCUGAAGGAGCACCCAGAAAAAGGGGUGUAUGUGAAGGGGCUCUCCCUGCACACCGUGCACAGCGUGGUACAGUGUGAGCAGAUCAUGGAGACAGGCUGGAGAAACCGAGCAGUGGGAUAUACCCUCAUGAAUAAGGACUCUUCCCGCUCCCACUCCAUCUUUACUGUCAAUAUGGAAAUCUACACCGUAGAUGGGCGAGGGCAGGACCACCUUAGGGCCGCAAAACUCAAUUUAGUGGAUCUGGCAGGAAGCGAGAGACAGUCGAAAACUGGAGCCACAGGGGAGCGGCUCAAAGAGGCCACCAAAAUCAACCUCUCCCUCUCGGCCCUGGGCAAUGUCAUCUCGGCCCUGGUCGACGGCAGGUGUAGACACAUCCCCUACCGAGACUCAAAGCUGACCAGGCUGCUACAAGACUCCCUUGGAGGGAAUACCAAGACCCUGAUGGUAGCGUGCUUGUCUCCGGCUGAUAACAAUUAUGAUGAAAGCCUCAGUACUUUGCGCUAUGCUAAUCGAGCGAAAAACAUCAAGAACAAGCCCUGUAUCAACGAGGACCCCAAGGAUGCUCUGCUGAGGGAGUAUCAGGAGGAGAUUAAGAAGCUGAAAGCCAUUCUAGCUGAACAGAUGGGUGCGAAUAACUCGUCAGGGCUUCUACCUGCUGAGACUGCUCACCUGGCAGAGAAGCCAGCUCCCCUCAAACCCCAGUUAGAUCUUGAAGCAGAGAAGCAGCUCAUCAGAGAAGAGUACGAAGAGAAGCUGGCCCAGCUAAAGGCCAGCUACGAAGCAGAGCAGGCGUCCCGGGCCCGCCUCGAAGAGGACAUCAGCAGCCUGAGGCAUCACUACAAUCUGAAGCUGUCUGCUCUAGAGGAGAACCUCAGGAAGGAAGCAGCUGCUGUGAGGACUGAAACUACUCCUGACAUGACACCUCUGCCUGUAGACGCUACAGCAGGGGAAGGACCAACAUCAGCCCAGGGCCCAGAAGCACUUCGGACUGUCCCGGAUGCCUGCGGUGUGAGCAGGGGGAGUGCUGGAGCAGAGGGGGCUGGCGCAGAGGGGAUUGCAUUGCCUGCAGACCAGCAGCAGGUGCUGGCCAGGCUGCAGAUGCUGGAGCAACAGGUAGUAGGAGGGGAGCAGGCUAAAAACAAGGACCUCAAAGAAAAGCAUAAACGCCGGAAAAAAUACGCGGACGAGCGGAGGAUGCAGCUGGUGGCUGCCCUGCAGCAAUCUAACGAGGACAGCAGUGACUGGGUCCUGCUUAACGUCUACGACUCCAUCCAGGAGGAGGUCCGAGCCAAGAGCAAGCUUCUGGAGAAGAUGCAGGAAAAGCUGCGGGCUGCUGAGACUGAGAUCAAAGAUCUGCAGUCGGAGUUUGAGCUGGAAAAGAUCGAUUACCUCAGCACCAUCCGCCGCCUGGAGCGAGACGUGAUGCUCUUCCAGCAACUGCUGGAUCAGGUGCAGUCCCUCGUCCGGCGUGACUGCAACUACAGCAACCUGGAAAAGGUCAAGUGCGAAUCCGUCUGGGACGAGGAAACUGGCUGCUGGAAAAUUCCAGAGCCCGUCAUUCAAAAAACACGCCUGCCUGCAGCAGUUCCUGCCCUGCCAGAGCCCACACCCGCCCGACGGAGCCCCCCGGCCCAGCGCGGCGAGCCAGCGGUACGGCGCGGUUCUCUUUUAUUUUCUAUUCCUAUUUAUCCCAUUUCUGCCCCGUGCGCUGCUGACGCCGUUGCACGCUCGCAGCCUGAGCAGGACCGCUACAAGCUGGUGCUGAGCAGGAGCGGCAGCGAGGCCAUCGCCAGCAGCUACUUCCGAGCCCCGCCAGCCCGCGGGACCCUGCGGCCCCCAGGUGAGCCCGUCCCCUCCCGCACGCUCCUUCCCCCGUUGCGAUUCCCGAGGGGAGCGCGUCAGGCUGGGCACCUGGCCUCAGCAGGGCCCGCCCGCAGGAUGAGGCCGCUUCUGGCCUCCCGCGGGGGGACCCACCGCGCCCCCCCCCUCUUCUCUUACAGCCACCCCGGGGCCGCAGGGGGCUCAGGGGGGCGCCUGCCCCCUGCCCCGGCCCUUCCGCCUGCAGGCCCUGGCCCCGGCCCCGCCGCCCACCGCCGCCAGGCGCCACAAGGCCAAAGCCGGCGCUGGCCGCCGCCCGCUCUGACCGCGCCGCGCCCGGGCCUCCGGCUGCGCGGGACGGCGCCGCAUCUGGCCGGUUUCGCAGCGAGAGGCUCUCGCUCGGCGGCGGGGCGGGCUGGCAGCCGCCGCGUUGUGUCGCGCCCGGUUACCCCCAAUAAACGGUCCGACAGCGCCAUUUUGGGGUCUGUUCCUGCGCCGGGGCGGGGUGGGAGCGGGCCGGGCCGGGCCGGGCCCCGCCGCCAUCUUCCGUACGGCGGCCGCGCGGGGUCAGGGCGGCCUCCCGGUGAUUGGGCGGCGGCGCGGAGCUGGCCGCCGCUGGUUGGGAGGCGUGGGUGCGGCGCCUGGCGCUGA